GGCGUGAUGACGUUGAUGACUUGGUCAAGUGUAGUGUGUUGUAUAUUAAACGUUGCUUACAAUUAAGGGGAAGGCUUGUUGAAGAUUUUCGAUGUUACCUUUUUGUGAUCUGAGAACGUAGGGAGAGAAGUUUGAACGCAUUCUUGAAGUGUAAUUGCCACAGACUUUGUAAUAACUUCAGUCAUGCCGGCAGUUGUUGUGGGGCGCCCCAAACGAACUGAAGCGAUGUGGGAGGCGCUCAAAAAUCACAUCAUACGAGAGAGACAAAAAAAGAAACAAGAACAAGAGGCGGAUGCAGAGGUAGAACGCCAACGGAAGGAGCGUGAACGUAAACAGAAGCAAGAUGUGAUGACUCUUGGUGAGACUAGAGAUCAGAUUUCACAGCUGGAAGUGCGAUUAGCCCAACUUAAAGAUGAGAAACACCAGCUGUUUCUGCAACUGAAGAAAGUCCUUAAUGAGGAUGAUAGGAGGAGGCAGUUAGUCAAGGAAUCAAAUGACAGUAUGAUGAGCAUGCAUGGUUAUCCAACUGUUGCUUUAAGUGGCCAUCCACAGCUCUUCCUGCAGCAGAAUUUAUCUGUGCCUGGACGUCCGCCAAUCUAUAAGGUCGCCCCAGCACACGGAACUCAGCAUUCACUGCUGCCACCUGGAGCUUUGAAACGAUCACGAAGUCCAUCUCCGCCUCCACCAAACUAUCAUCAAGGCUAUGGCUACAAACCAGGGACCAUCCCUGCUUAUCCUCAGCAAAAAGUUGAUGAUGGUAGAAGAGGCCACGAGUAUGUGCGGGCUGUUUUAUGGAACAAGAACACCCAGUAUACAGGAUCACAGCCAUUUUACGCACCUCACGGACCACAGCAGGUGGCAGCAUCCACCACAGUGAGCUACUCACCAUCGCCAGCACAACAGACAGUGUACACUUAUGCAGGCCCACAGUAUGCUCAGCCUCCACCUGGUGCAGCAGCAGCACCACCUCGUGAUGACUCAGGGAAGCAACCACAGCAUGGUGUCUACUUGGGCCAGCCUCCUCGACCCAGCCUUGCACCUCUGCCCCCUCACAGUCAAGCGUACGUAGCUCCACUUCAUCAGUCCAUGGAACACGCAGCUCAGAAGACAGGAUUCCCAUCCUCCCAGGAGGCAGCAGACAAGUAUUACUCUGUUGCUCCUGUGCGGCCAGCAUCUCACGUUCCAAUACAUGGUGGAGCCAUCCCUAUACAGCAACCACCACAGGGUGCCAAGACUGGUGGGAUAACUUCAGGAUAUCCAAUUCGGGCCCAACCUGUGCCUGCACCUCCCCAUGCACCCUCUCAUGUCACUACAGGAAGUUACCAACCUAAUGUAUCUACACCUCAUAGUGUGUAUGUGACGCAGGCACCGAGUGGACGUUUGCUGUACAGUCAGGCAGGUCCUCCUGGUCACCCUCCACCCCAGCAAGGUCGAUAUACAGUUCCAGGCUUGCAGAGAGAAAUGUGAAGACAGCUGGAUGAAUGCAGAAUGGUGACACUUUACAUGUAUGGGGUUAGGAUUGCUGUUAACAGCUAAGUGUUUCAUUAUGUAGGGAAUUUACUGUAACAAGGAUAUAGUGGAUAACAGAACAGGCAGCUUGCAGAAUGUUCUGGAGUUUGCCAAAUUCUGUGAUGUGACCCUUGUCGAUACUUCAGAGGAACCUGCUGCUGCAUGUAUGAUAUUCUACCAUAAAGAUGGAAGCAACAAGUUUCUCUGAAACUUUGGUAACUAUAUAUCAGACUACACAGCUUUACUUCUUGUAACAUAGUCACUGCUAUGAAAAUUUCAGGUCUCACAAUGUAAAGAUUGUGCAUGUUUAGUUCACAUCUUUCAAGCUUUAAGAACUUUAUAGAGUGAUCUGUCUUUUUGGUUAAAAGUUCUUUUGUAAACAGGACUAUGAUUAGACAAUUUAUUGGUGCCCUUAAAUGGACAGUGUUUUGGACCAGAGUACAGAAUAUUUUAUAAACGUUAGAUAGAUGUGAGCAUUUGAUGUAACAUUACCAAGCACGUUGGCUCAACUGGUAAUGUUUGUGGCUCAUGUUUGGAAGGAGCUCAAGGACACUCCCUUAAUGAAGUUUUUCAUAGCUUUCUGCAGUCUGUGUUAGUUCCUCAGAUUAAGCCGUGGUUCCUUCCUUCCGCAUUGCUGCCGAUUCACUAUUCACUAGCCAUUCUACUAUUUAAUGCUGUAUCGUCUGACCUACUGAGAGCCUCAUUAAAUAAAUAGAUAAUAAGUAGUUGUGGCCUUAAUUCUUUUUACUUGCCACAGACAAGCAGACAGAAUGAGUUUGUUGAGGCCAAGCCUGAACAUGUGUUACACAUGGAUGGUAGUAGGAUUCCUUUGAUGUUUUAGCACUUUGUGGCAAGUCCAAUUUAAAUAUCAUUUUCUCCUGUGUUUGAGAGUUUAAAGAAGUACAGAAAAAAUCAUAAUUUCCUCAGUUUUGGCUUAUAAAUUGUUAAAUUUUUGCACAUAUGAAGAAAAUGUUGCACCAACAUGCAGAAUAAACAAUUGAAAUUACUAAAAUUCAGAUGUAGAGUGAUGUCAAUAAUGUAAAUAUUGACACCUCAGUCACAUCAUUUUCAUUGCUGGCAUAUGUAAUGCAAUAAGGCGUUUUAAGAAAAAUGAUAGGAGAUAGAUUACACCCUUGUUCAACAGUAGCCAGUUAAUCCCAGUAAUUCACUUCCAAAUGGUAGGCUUCAAAACACUCAGUACACAGUUGUGAACUUUGCUGUGGCUUGUAGUAUGUGUUACGUCCCAUCAUCAUCAUCACACACUUUGCAUCUCCGCUGCAACCUGCUUGGCUUGUUAUAGUCCAUUGCUGGAAUUGCAUAUGAGUAAUGGCCUCAAUCUACAAGUCUUCCUGCAGGGUUUGCAUGUGGCUGUCUCUUAAUUUCAGCCGCAGCCUUAUUGACAAGACGUUCUGCCACUCUCUCAAUGAAACUGUAAACUUGAUUCUGUCGACUUGUUUUGCAGUGUGAAGUGUGAUCAUUCAUAAGAGAGGUCCAAGAAGUAGGAGACAAGUUUCUUCUGCCAUCCCCCUGACUUUA